AUGGAUCGUGUUAUUAUCGAGAAUGAAAAAGAAAUUUAUAAAAUGGAUGAAGACGAUGAAGACGUAGAUGAAAAAAAUAAAAGUAAUGCACAAUUAGCUGAUGCAUUAUCAAAAGUUCUUCGGAUGUCGAAAAAAAAAAAACAUGGGAAAUCCAUAGUUUUGUCAAAGGCUAAAUUAUACUCGGAUAAAGAAGAAAAAUUAAAGAAAAAAAAUUAUGAUUUUGAAAUCGAACCGGAUGCUAAUACUACAGACGAUAAAAAAGAAAAUAUUAUUAUUGAUAAUAUUCACGAAGAAAAUGAUAUUAAGCCGGAAAAAAACACUUUAAGAAAAAAUUUUAUCAAGAAAAAAGAAAAAAUUAACAGGGGUAGACUUAAACCGUCACCAUUGGAUAGAGACAAAGAAAAACCAUUAAUGAAAAUUGCAUUGAAAGGAGUUGUUCAAUUAUUUAAUGCCAUCAAACAACAACAAUCCACGAUUAAUAAAGAAAUUUGCAAACCUGGUAUUACAGAGGGAAAAAAAGAAAAAAUAUUAAAAAAUAUUGAUAAAAAAACAUUUUUAGAUGUUUUAAAAGGAAAUAAUAUUAGUAAUAGCAGUAAUGGAAUCAAAGAAUCGGAUGCAAACAUUUCAGAGGAUAAAAUAGUAAAAGAAAUACAAGAGGAGGAACCUGCAUGGCAAGUUUUAAGAGAUGAUUUUAUGAUGGAUGCAAAAUUAAAAGACUGGGAUAAAAAGGAUAUAGAGGUUGUAGAUGAGUAA